CAGGCUGCUAUAAUUAGCCGCCACUCUCUGGGUGUUCAACCCGCAUAUGUUUUGGUUCGUUUGGCUCUGCUGCAGCUCUCACUUCCGUGUUGUCUGUCUUCGUAAAGCAGGAAGCAGGGCAGAAAUGUGUGGGAGUUAAGCUGCUGCUGUUUACCUACAGGUGAUUUGUGGCUUCCAGAGAGACUGCUUCCGGAUACCAAGUGAAGCGGAGCGGCGGCAGGAGAAGCUACAUGGAGGCUAACUGACGGAGGUCGGCUGGAACGGUCUGCGGUACUUUCGCUCCAGAAUGCCAGCCGGGGUUUGUGGCUGCUGUGGGCCGCUGAGGCCGAGGUACAAGCGAUUGGUGGACAACAUCUUCCCAGAGGAUCCUAAAGAUGGCCUCAGUAAGUCCGACAUGGAGAAGCUGACCUUCUACGCCGUCUCGGCACCGGAGAAACUGGACAGAAUCGGAGCGUACCUAGCCGAGAGGCUGAGCAGAGAUGUGGUGCGACACCGCUACGGGUAUGUUGUGAUAGCCAUGGAGGCCCUGGACCAGCUGCUGAUGGCCUGCCACUCUCAGAGCAUCAAACCCUUUGUGGAGAGUUUCCUGCACAUGGUGGCCAAGCUGCUGGAGUCCAGAGAGCCGGAUCUGCAGGUCCUGGGAACAAACUCGUUCGUGAAGUUUGCCAACAUCGAGGAGGACACCCCUUCCUACCAUCGCCGCUAUGACUUCUUCGUCUCCCAGUUCAGUGCCAUGUGCCACUCCACUCAUGAAGACCCAGAGACCAGAACCAGGAUCCGAGUUGCUGGAAUUAAAGGUCUUCAGGGUGUUGUGAGGAAGACUGUGAACGACGAGCUGCAGGCCAUCAUCUGGGAGCCUCAGCACAUGGACAAACUGAUUCCCUCCAUGCUGUUCAACAUGCAGGACGCCGAAGACCUGGACAGGGUGGGGCAUCCCAGCACCCCAUCGGGGACGGGUCAGGAUGGCGAGGAGAACCCGGCGGUGCUGGCCGAGAACUGUUUCAGGGAGCUGCUGGGCCGAGCAGCUUAUGGCAACAUGAAGAAUGCCGUCCGACCUGUGUUGGUUCACCUGGACCAUCACCACCUGUGGGACCCCAAUGAGUUUGCGGUGUCCUGCUUCAGAAUCAUCAUGUACUCCAUCCAGGCUCAGCACUCGCACCACGUGAUCCAGCAGGUUCUGAACCACCUGGACACGCACAACAAGAGCACACCCCGGGUCAGAGCCGGCAUCGUCCAAGUCCUGCUGGAGACGGUGGCCAUCGCUGCUAAAGGAUCUGUAGGUCCGACGGUGCUGGAGGUCUUUAACACUCUGCUCAAGCACCUGAGGAUGAGCGUGGACUUCGAGCUGGGUGAAAGCUCCAGGAGAAACUCCAGCAGCAGCGCUUCGUCCGUCCGUGGCAGAGAGAGCGAUGAGCGGAUCGUCCAGAACGCCAUCAUCCAGACCAUCGGGUUUUUUGGUGGAAAUCUUCCAGAUUACCAGCGAGCUGAAGUCAUGAUGUUCAUCAUGGGUAAAGUGCCAGUGUAUGGGACCCCCUGCCACACCUUGGACACAGUUAAGAUAGGGCAUCAGGGAACCAAGAGGAUCCAGACGAUGCUGCUCAGCUCCCUCAUCAUGGUAACCUCUGGAUUCAAGUCGAAGUCCAUGUCUGCUGCGUUGCCUCCUCCCUUCCUGGACCCGCUCUUUUCCAUCUCGCUGAUGGAGGACAGCGAGUUGAGGCAGCUGGUCCUCGAGAUCCUCCACAACAUCAUUGAUCGCCAUGACAACCGCGCCAAGCUACGCGGCAUCAGAGUUAUCCCAAAUGUUGCAGCGCUGAAGAUUAAAAGAGAGAAAAUCUCUAAACAAGAUGUUGCAUUCAUGAAAAAGCACGGUCAGCAGCUCUACCGUCACGUCUAUCUGGGCUGCAAAGAGGAAGACAACGUCCACAAAAACUUUGAGCUGCUCUUCACCACCCUGGCCAUUCUGACCAUUGAGCUGGCCAAUGAAGAAGUGGUCAUCGACCUGAUCCGACUCUCCAUCGCUCUGCAGGAGAUGGCUCUAAACAACGAGGAGAACAUGCCGAUGUCUAUCCGCUGCGGCAUCAUGGCGCUUGUGGCAGCGUACCUCAACUUCCUGAGUCAGAUGAUUGCCAACCCACCGUUCUGUCAACACGUCAGUAAGGUAAUUGAGCUGAGAAACAUGGGUGCUCCGCACCUCCUGCCUGAACACAUCUUCAGAGACAAGUGUCCUCUUCCUGAAUCAUUGGACAAGCAUGACAGGCAGCUGUAUUUUCAAACAGCCGACAUGGCAGAGUGUCUGGCAGGGCCAGGAUACAACGUGGAGAGGUUGUCCAUCCCAUAUAUUCCACAGGUCACAGAUGAAGACCAUCUGCAAAGGAGGAGGAGUUUUGAGGACACCAUCUCUCUCCAAGUGGACAUCAUGUCCAACAGCCUCCCAGAUAGGUCGGAGUUGGCUGAGGAGAUCACAUUUGAGACCCUGAAGAAGGCCAUCGAUACGACUGGUUUGGAGGAGCAGGAGAGGGAGAAGAGGCGUCAAGUGAUCGAGAAGUUCCAGAAGGCUCCAUUUGAGGAGAUCGCUGCUCACUGCGAGUCAAAGGCCAACAUGCUCCACGACCGUCUGGCUCAGAUCUUUGAACUAACCAUCCGGCCUCCACCCAGCCCGUCCGGAGUGGUUUCCAUCUCAGCGGGACACACCCAGCAUCCAUCCGUACCCGUCUACGAGAUGAAGUUCCCGGACCUGUGCGUCUACUGAACAAAGACAUCACACGUGCUACAAACUCAAAACGUUGAUGAACAACAAAAAAGGCAACCUCCACACUCUGCUUCUCCUCCAAUCAGCCGGCUCCGAGGUGGCAGGGACACAAUCAGAGACGCAAACAUGCAGCAGACAUGAAAUCAGCUGCAGAUCGGAUCGGCAGACCGGCUGCAUGUUGUCUCUCUGACUCACGUGCCUGAACCCAAACACAGUCACGAACAAAAUCCAGAACAAUGCAAACCGCUUCACGCCUAGUAGAUAAACUCCAGAAAACAUUAUUCUGUUAGAAAAUUAAUACAAACUGCAGCUUCUUCAGACAGCAGUAGAGGGGAUAAUAGAUCAGAGUUUAGUCCUACCUGUAUCACCUGUAUUUACCCGUAAAUGACUGCUGAGUCAGCUAAUUCUCAUACCUGCUCAGUAUAAAAAACAUGAAGAAAAUCACAGUUCAGUUUAGAAGGAUCAUGGUUGGUGAAAGGCAUCACACUUUUACUCCUGAAGCUCUUUGGGGGUUAAAAUUUCUAAAGUUGCAUUUUUCACAUUGAUUCUUGAAUUAACAGGAAAUUUAACUAAAUAUGGAAGCUGUAUAUCUUUUUUCAUGUUUUUGUACAAAUAUUUAGAAAAUUAUCUUUUCAAAGAGACAUCAGGGACAUCAGUUUAUGGUGGUGUAAACAAUGAUAUCUAAAGCAUUUUUCAUUACCACAUUUUACUGCCCCCUGUGUCCAUGGACUGAACUGCAAUUUGAAAAAUAUUUUUAAGCAUGAGCACCACUGGACAAAUAAAGGUAUAAAAUUCACUGAGAUUCGAAUCUUAAGGAUGAAGAUGAAAAAAAGUAACAUCUUUUCAAAUUUUACUUUAGGACCUUUUAGAAGGUCCAAGACAUAAAUGUGACUCCUACAAUUUCAUUUUGCAGAGUUGGAUUUUUGACUAGAAGAUAAUCGGGCAGAGUAAGGUACCAACUAGCUAAAAGCCUCAAAAUAGGGUUUAUUUACUUUUCAAAGUGCAGUUCAUCUCAACAACAGUAGGAGGCAGUAUUUCAGGAUUUUACUGCGUGCCUAGAGCUCAGAAAUGAAAAGAUCCAAGAACCGCCAACACCAAAAGAUCCAGAUCUUUCAGCAACCUUGGCCUAAAAAUCCAAAAUGGCUGCCACAUAUUCACUAAAAGGAUAAAAUGGAAAUAACUUCAGUAAGAAACUGGUUUUAUUUUGCACUUCUGGGUGUAUUUUAUGCCAUUCUGUCCAACAGUGUACAGUAUGUUAGUUUUGCAAAUGUAAAACAUUUAAUCUUGGUAUCGCACUGCUCUCCCACCUAAAUACCAACGUCAUGCAAGUCAGUACAUGAACAAAAGGGGGCAGUAUAUUACAAUUUAAAGAAAAAAACUUGUUUGGCUGACUGCUAAAAUCUAUCCAUGGAUUUACUUGGCAGGAAAUGUUUGAUGUGAAAGGAGCUGUUAUACAACAUGAGACAUUUUGUUUGCCCUCCAUACAGGUUUAGAUUUACUGACCAAACAGCCGUUUGGGACGUUUUAAGAAGGCUGAUCUUCCACCAAAGAGUUUGUUUCCAAUUAACUCUAGUCACGGUUGCACCAGGGUCUGGUGAGCUGGGGUCACUCGUCACUCUGCACUACUUCCUUUAAAUCAAAGGUGCAUUAAUAUCACUGGACCAGCUACCAAACCCAAAGUUGGAGUUAAGUUUGCAGAAGUGGAGCAGUGUUUGUGUUGUGUUCUGGACGGGCUGCAUGAGAGGCUGUGAUCCGUAAAACAGAUGGUUAUCAGCACUCUGAGAUCAGUGUGAGAGGAAAACCUGCUGCUGCCGUUCAGGUCGGUGCUUCCUUUCACCUGGUUCAGACAGGAGUCAACGGUCCGAUAUAUUGAGAGCUGAACCUGGGCUGAAUUGUUCACUGUUGGGUUUGGAUGUUUCUUGGUGGCUUUGUUGCGAGUCAAGCUCAUCCUGCUACCUGAAAAGGUCUUUAAUCACCAGCCUGGGCCUGUUGAAGCUAAACUGUACAUGACAACUAGACUGUGGCGACGCAGUUAUCCUGUAUGCUCAACAUACCAAAAUCAGCAGAACAUCUAUUACGAUAGAGUUUAUAAAGAACCACUGACUGGCAAGUGCAGGCCCACGGGUUGGAAAUAAAUUAUACAAUAAAGAUCAUAGGAGUUGCUUAGCGUGCAAUACCACCUGUGACCACAAAACCCCUUAUUCCACGAAGAAAUGCUAAGUCUGUUACCACGUUUCUAUGUUUAAUUAGACUCGAGAUUAAACGUGCCUAAAGUAUUUCUUCCCAUCCUGUUCAAACAUGGCUUCAAAAACCGCGGCUGGACGCCACGUUUGAGACAGAGACAGUUUACAAAAGUUAGGGUCAAAGUUAGCGAUACUUAAUACAGCCCGCACUUUGCUAGAAAUUACAGGUUAACAUAAUUUUCUCUGACUUUACUGGUUACCUUCUCAGUUCUUGCAUGAAACCUUUUUUUCCUCUUCAGAACUUACAGGGUGCUUUUAAGGAACUUGCUAUUGACGUUCUAGUAGUUUUUUUCCCAAAUGUACAGAUUACUCUCCUAGAGCUUUUCAGGAAUGUGGUUGGGAAUUUAAAAGGGACUUGGCAGCAUUGACAGGGGACAUGUAACCAUGUACUUUCCUGGUAUAAUUGUGUACCAAAAGUAACCUGGAGGUUCUGAGAAGUACCCUGUUUGUACCCUCAAACUUGUGCUAAAGUUUGAAAAAUAUCCCAGAAAGUACUGGAAAGCAGCUUUUGAGUUUAGGGACAGAUUUUUGAAAGUAACCAAAAAUGCACAAGUUACCUGUAAAAUAUAAAUUUUGUACAGGUACAAUAGGUAAACGGUAAAAUCUGGGGAAACUGUAAGAAAGUAACUUGUAGUUUCUGGAAUGUGAGUUAUUCCCACAGUUUGGAUGUGAAAUGGCUCAGAUUGGAGUCGGAAAACCUUCAGAUCAAGGAACAGAUGUUGUAAAUAGAACCUGCACGACCCGAUAGCGUAGUCCGAUGCUGACAAGCGCGUAGAAACACGUAACCUGUUCGUUGCCUCAUAAAAUCAUGAGAUGGUCCAUCAUCUCUUGAAGCUUCCUGUUGAUGCACCAGCUUCUGUACAGAAAUCUGAUCAUGAUCCAAAGUCGCUGCAUUCAGAAUGAAUCAAACUGAGCCGUUUAACCCGUGAAUACUGGCUUUAUUAGAGGUUUUUCCCGACCUUCCCUGCGUUACGUCUCAUCUCGACUCACCAGCGUUGAAUCAGAGCUCGUCUGAACUAACCGCAUGAUUCAUUCAUUCCUCCUUUUGAACACCUGAGGAGGAGCUCUAACUAUAAACAUGCUGUGAAACAAAAUCCAUCUAAACCUGACCUCUCAGGGGCUAGAUGGAUCCGAUCCGAGCAGCCGACGGGAGCCUCGUUCGUUUUAGAUGCUGGAAAACGUGAUGAAUGUGUCAUUAAAGCAGCAGAUCAUAUAUUUUUGUACAUUUUAUGCAUCACAUGGUUCAGUUGUUGCCUGGCAGAGAUUUUAAAAUGCUGAAUCAUCAUUUGUUGUCGUUUACAUCUUUGUUUCGGGUUUGAAUCGGGUCAGUCAGCCGUUAUUCCUGCACGAGAAAUAGUUUUUUGUUUCCAAUUGUAGAAAUUAUUUUAUCUGUUGAAAUGAGUUGUUAUAGAAAUGUAUUUUUUAGAUCUUGGAUGCAAUCUAGAAAUUGAGUAUCUGUUUAUUUUCUUCCCCAAGAUGUCGGCUGUGAUUUAGUCAGAAAUCGACUCAAAGAUCCAAACCUUCUCACCAAAACCAAGAUCAAAGCACCAGCACAGAAAAACUGUUCUGCUUUAACAGUGAUUUAAAAAAUAUACUUGAACUCAAAGUUAAAACCCAAACCAUUAAAGGUUUUUGUUUUCUUGCACAUGAAAGUAUUAGAUGCUGAGAAGAGGUUCUGUGGAGCAGAUUGAUGCAUGAAUCUGAGCUGCGUGAAAGAAAAGGGACCACCUCGCUCAGUCAUUUCAAACCGAGUCGACGGAUGCCAAACGGCUCGUGCACUUUGAUCAUUGUAACGCGGUACUGAAGCACAAAACAGAUGCGUUUGGUACGAAUGGAUGGUUGGAAAUAUUUUUAUUCUAAAUGAUCAGUGGGUCGUAUUAAGAUAAUGAAAAUCUCUAAUUACAUAAUAGAUUAUUUUAGAACGCUGUACACAAGAUGUUUCCUCACCUCCCCGGAUGGGGCCUGUUUAUUUCUCCCACUGCGAUCUGCAACAUGUCGAGAGCAAAACUGUUCACUUGUUCCCCUGUGGUGCAGCAGCUCGUAUUCUUGUGGCAGUGUUAGAGAUAAAUGUCUUGUCUCUGUUUACCAUCACAAAUAUAAAAUGUUCAAACUCAGAUUUGUUCUAAACAGUGAUGAUUUAUGAUCACUAGAUGGCGCCAUGGCUCAGCUCCUUCUGCAGGUUCUGGAAAUGUUUUUGUUCUGGACACGAACCUGAGCCUAAACAAGCAGGUAGCGGCUUCAGGAUUGGCUUUCAUGUUUCCUAUCUCCUCCUUUUGUUAACACUUACUCCAGAAACAACCCCCCACCACCCUCAUCGCACAUAUAAGAUUUCCUGAACCAGAGCUGCAGCAGAGCCUCGGCGCUUUAUAACGUGUCUCAGAAUGUGUUGAAAUUUAAUGUUAGAGAUUCAAAUAAAAUGUUUCUAUUAAAGCAUUUAAAUUGCAA